AUGGUUUUCGAGUGGCAAGACGAGGGCAAGCUUCACCGCGUCCCUAAGCUGGAGCCGGGCCCACCCAAUGUCUACUUUGGCGAUGUUUUCUCCACUCCGUCCAAGGACACCCCAAACCCCCUGACCGGGUCAUUCUUCCUCCUCGAGCAGAUCGACAAUCUUGAGCCAGCCCCAAAGUACGACUAUGACGAGAGUGGGGUUGUGCUAAAAGGCGAGCUGCACAUCGCGGACGAGAAGGGCAAUGAGGCCAAGCUGUUGCCUGGGGACACUUUUUUCAUCCACCGUGGAAGCACAAUCACGUUCUCGACACCUCGCUUCGCUGUAGCUUACAAAGUUGCGGCUCGACACCGGAUGCACUAA